AUGAUUUCGGAUGGACUGCGCCUCGGCAUCGCUUUUGCGCUCCUCGUCGGCUCUCAAGGUGGGCGCCAGCUUGUGUUUGCAUUUUCCAGAUUUUCCUGUUGAUUAUUGCGUUCCGAACCCAAAAAAAAACUGAAAAGUCAUAAAAGUCCGUCUUUUUCUGAAUUAAAAAAAAUUUUCUUUGAAAUUCUCAAGCUGAAGAAAGUCUUCUCUACUGACAAAAAAAGAGAACAAUUUGCACUGCUUUUUGAAAACGUCUAUUUUAUAUUUUCCUUGUUUAACCGAUAGGAAUCCUCUUCUCAUUCUUUGAUAAUUUUCCCGUCCUGUUUGUGGUUCACAACUUAGAAAGAACAACAGUCAGCAUUUUUCAUUUUUAUCUGAUUGCUUUCUCAAAAUUCCCUUUUUUCGUGCUAUAAGGAAACUCUGGACGAGAAAAUGCUUUAAAACUGUAAAAACGAGAAAAAUAAGGUUUUGAAUAUUUCAAGCCCAAUUUGCGGUCUGAAAAAUUUUCAAAGUUUUUUCUAAUUUUUUUUAGACUAAUAUUCAUUUUUUCAAUUCCAACGUUGAGUAUGGAUUUCGAAUUGAGAGUUUCAUUUUUCAGGAAUCAGCAAAGGCUAUUGUCGAGGUGAAGAAUGCGCACAGGCCUUUCAAAGAACCAAAGACUACGAAUCCCUGCAACCAUCCCCCACCGAACGGUAUUGUCAGGUUGGCCCAACUUCUCAUGCCCAACUCUAAGAAAAGUGUUAGGUUCUGCAAACCUACCUGCACUGUAUGAACGAGACAUUCCGGUUCUGUCAUGGGGAUUUGCGUUACCAUUCUUCGGAACUGGUCAUGCGGCGGCACUGGAGCGAUUUCCACUGCCAUCGGUUCCAGCUUCCCAAAAAUUCAACCAAUCGGUGAGACCUAUAAUCCUGACUUCUGGAAUUCUGAUAACCUUUACCCUUCCACGGCGUUUUUGUUAAUGGAAGAAAAAGCAAAACCAAAAAUUAAGGGGCCGUGGUCAAAAUCUUCUCAUUUUAAAAAACGCGAUUUUUCUCUUUUUCUGUUUUAAAGUACAUGCCUUGUAGCACAUGCCAAAAUACAACUGAAUUUCAGUUUGCGAAAAUAACGUUGAGCGCGGCGUGUGCUAGAGCACCGCCGUGUAUGCACACGACACACUACACUUUACAGAAAAAAAAUAUGAGCAAAAAAAAAACGCCGUGCUUCUUUCUCACAACUUUCUUCUUUUUACAUGAAAAAUUCCCUUCAAAUGUUACUUUUCGUAUUAAAUACGCUUGAAAUAGUUCAACUCUUUAUAAAGAUUAAAAAAUCCUCGAAGGUAAGUCAACGUAAAUAAUUUCUCUUCAUUUUGUCUUUUUUUUGAAAUUUUCUCUGGUGCAACCUUGUCAGUACCAAACUAAACCCUUUGCAGGUGCCACUUUCUGCCAGCAACCUCCCAUCGAACCACCAAGCUCUGCGCUCUUUUCGGUGACCCUCAUCUCCUCCGGUUUGAUCGCGUUUUCGAGACUUGUACUGAAGAAGGGGCCAGACCGUUGGUUGAUAAUAGGUUUUUUUUUCUCAAUUCGGUUAGGUUAUUUCUUUUUUCCAGGUACUUUCUGGUCCAGGUGACAAAUAGCAACGUUCGGGGUGAAGCCUUAACGACGGCUGUGAGCAAGGUGAGAACUGAAUUUUCUGUUCUUGAAUCUUGAAAGGUUGUUAAAGAUAUCUGAAAUCAUCAAUUAUACUUAGAAGAUUUUCGAAAAACAGUUUCAACAUUAAAAGCUUUCUGGUUGAUUAUAAAUAAUUUAUAAAUUCGAAAAUUUUCGGAUCUAUUCAAGUUCAAAGCGCAAUUUUUGUGCUAUAAUAAUCCUUGUAUUUUUUGCCUCUUUUUAUCUAAAGUUUUGAAAAGCUUAUUAUUUUCUCUAAAAGAAAUAUUCAAGGAAAAGCCUUGAAAGGAUUGCAAGGAAUCUAAGCCACGUAAUCGAGAUCACUUCCGCCCAAAUUUCCUCAAACCGGUCCAUCUUUGACGAACAGUCUCUUAAUCAUCAUCAUUCUCAUGUUUCAAACCGCCCCCACGUUGUCCUUUUUGAGACAUCAAACGAAAAGAAAAAUUAUCUAUUUUUAGAGGGGCUUUUUUUUGCAGGUGACGAUUUUGAUUAGAAAACACAACUGCACGUCGACGCUACGGUAUGAAGCGGCUUCAGAUGAGCAAAGUCUUCCCAUCAGUUUUGUCGAUGGAACGACGGCGCAAAAGGUUGAUGGCGACAGGAAUUCGGUCGAGGUUCGUCAAAAGGCUUUCUACUUGAAAUACCAGAGUUCUUGAAUCAUCCUGAUAGUAUGUAUCACAGUUCAAGUUAUUGACAACCCCUAGAAAUCUUUAAUCAUUUUCUAAAUCAGCAAAAGUCUAGAAGCUUCCAAACCCGUUAAAGAUUCCGGCCUAAAGUUUUCACAAAACCUUUUAAAAGCUUUCAGGUGCUUUGGCAAGAACCCAAUUACGUCGAAAUCGCUCUCCACCACGUACACGCCUCGAUUCACGUCCGUCGCCAAGGUCCCUACCUCGCCGUCGCCAUUCGAGCCCCCAAAAACGUCUUGGAAGUUGGAUGAUCCGCAAAUUUCUCUCUCAAAGUUAUCGUUCAGACUGGCACGACAGAAUCCAACGAAUUGUGCUGGUCCGGCUGCCGGAAGGCGUCUCGAAUCUCGCUUCCAAACGCCUUAUCUGACCCGAAUCUUUUUUCAAGCUGUUAUGCCCGUAAACUCCAUGUUCCGCUGAAACUUGCCGUCGGUAGGUGUUCGAGAGAUUGGAGAGGGAAAUGGACGAGGUUCAGAUCGGUGCAACGACGUCGGCGUCACCGACGAGUUCUUUGAUGCUUGUGUAUUCGACUUGAUGUUAACUGGUUAGUUGUCAGAAGAAAAAAUGAAAGAGCUGUCCGAAUCUUUCAAUGAAUUACCUUCUUUGUCGUGAAACAGUGUUGAAGCAUUCUGCAGUAGACCUUCAGUCAGGAGUUGCAAGCUUACUAGGGAAUGGUCUCCGAUCGCAGUGGGACUUCUGAAUUAGACUAGGUUCAAUAUAUGUAGUUUUUCACGCUGAUUCCAAAUCUGGUCUCCAAAACUGCCCUAGAGACCUGUGAAAAAAGUUAGGGGCUCUCAAAGUCGAAAAAUUCGAUGUCUCCCAUUGAGCUCCUUUUUGGAAGGUAUAUAGUCCUUGUUCCCCCGGUCACAGAAAACUAUUUGAUUUCUUUCGAAAAGGUUCUGGAGCACAGAUAUGAUUUUUCAAAGCUCGGCGCGUGAUAAGAGCUUUCGACUUUGAGAGCCCCUAACUUUUUACACAGGCCUCGAGGGCAGUUUUUGAGACCAGAUUUGGAAUCAGCGUGAAAAACUACAACUAGUGAACCUAGUCUCAUUCAGAAGUCUCACUGCGAAUGGAGACCAUUCCCUAGUUAGCUCAGUGAUAAAGUUUUUGUACAGGGCUCAAGAAAGAUAAGUUCGAGUCUCUGGGAUGAUUUUGAAACUUCUAUUUUCCCAUCUCCCCAAAAAGUAAGAAAGGUUCUCAGGCGACGACUACCUCGUCUCUUUGGCUAGCUCGACGCAAUCUGACGUCCGACGGAUGUCGCACCACCCAUUCGCCGGUCGGAUCUCCCUGCCGGAAGCCCCGAACGGUCCGACUUUUUCCGGUUGUCUCGCGUCGUCUUAUUCCCGACAAAAAACCGAUGUCUUUAUCUCACUCAUUGCCGCGGUCAUAUCGUUCUUUCUCAUGUAG